AAUCGUCUUUCAGACUGCUCAUUCGUCUCUUGUGUUUCUUGCACGCUCUUCCAGUACUUUCGCAUCUAGUUCCGUCGUCUAAGCGACCCCACUAUACGCCAUGCCUGGAGCUAUAAAAAAACCUCAGACUCUCUACGACAAGGUCUUCGAGGCUCACGUAGUCAAUGAGCAGGAAGAUGGUACUAUCCUUCUUUACAUUGACAGGCAUCUAGUUCACGAAGUCACAUCUCCGCAAGCAUUCGAAGGCCUAAGAAACGCUGGGCGGAAAGUGCGUAGACCUGACUGCACUUUGGCCACGACUGAUCAUAAUGUACCGACUACCCCCCGUAAAAACUUUAAAGGCGUUGCAGACUUCAUCAAAGAGGACGAUUCGAGGACACAAUGUGUGACUCUAGAGGAUAACGUCAAGGCCUUUGGUCUCACAUAUUUUGGCCUUGGUGACAAGCGCCAGGGUAUCGUGCACAUCAUUGGUCCAGAACAGGGAUUCACUCUUCCCGGCACAACGGUCGUAUGCGGUGACAGUCAUACGUCAACCCAUGGUGCAUUUGGCGCAUUGGCCUUUGGUAUCGGAACCAGCGAGGUAGAGCAUGUCUUGGCAACCCAGACUCUCCUCACCAAGAGAAGCAAGAACAUGAGGGUACAAGUUGAUGGAGAGCUAGCUCCUGGCGUCAGCAGCAAGGACAUUAUUCUGCACGUUAUUGGUCAGAUCGGUACUGCAGGUGGUACUGGAGCUGUGAUCGAGUUCUGCGGUUCUGCGAUCCGCAAUCUAAGCAUGGAGGCCCGCAUGUCUAUAUGUAACAUGUCCAUCGAAGGUGGUGCACGAGCCGGCAUGGUCGCUCCGGACGAGACGACUUUCGAAUAUCUCAAGGGCCGCCCAUUGGCUCCAAAGGUCGAUAGCGCCGAGUGGAAGAAGGCGACAGCCUAUUGGUCAUCCCUGAAGUCCGACGAAGGUGCCGAAUAUGAUCUAGAUGUUUUCAUUGACAGCAAAGACAUCGCACCUACGGUCUCGUGGGGAACUUCACCUCAGGACGUGGUUCCAAUCACAGGGAAGGUACCUAGCCCAGACGAUUUCCAAGACGAGGACAAGCGGAAAGCAUGCAUUCGCGCACUUGAUUACAUGGGGCUUGAAGCUGGAACCCCUAUGCAGGAGGUUGUCCUCGACAAAGUCUUCAUUGGAUCGUGUACCAAUGCCCGAAUCGAAGAUCUCCGCGCCGCUGCUCGGAUCGUGAAGGGAAGGAAAGUAGCAUCAAAUAUCAAGCGCGCCAUGAUCGUCCCCGGCUCCGGUCUCGUCAAGCAACAGGCUGAGUCCGAAGGUCUCGACACGAUCUUCACAGAUGCUGGAUUCGAAUGGCGGGAAGCAGGCUGCUCCAUGUGUCUGGGCAUGAACCCAGACAUCCUCUCCCCCAAAGAACGCUGCGCCAGCACAUCCAACCGCAACUUCGAGGGACGCCAGGGUGCAGGCGGCCGCACACAUCUGAUGUCCCCUAUGAUGGCCGCUGCCUGUGCUAUCGCCGGUAAGCUUGCCGAUGUGCGCAAAAUCGCCAACUUUCAACCCAGCGAUGUUGCGCAAGGCAGCCCGAAAGUCGACGUCGCACCCGCACACCAGUCCGACAUCGAAUCAGACGAAGACCUCGACAGGAUUGCUGACGCUCCUGAAGACAGCCCUGCCACUGUUUCCGGUAACAACAAAUCCGCCUCCUCAUCGAGUGGCGGCAUGCCCAAGUUCGAGAAACUCAAGGGCAUCGCCGCGCCCAUGGACGUCGCCAAUAUUGACACCGACGCCAUCAUCCCCAAGCAAUUUCUCAAAACCAUCAAGCGUAGCGGCUUGGGUUCUGCAUUAUUCUACAGCUGGCGCUUCGCCGACGACGGCAGCGAAAAGAAAGACUUUGUUCUCAAUCAAGAGCCAUACCGCAAUGCCAAAGUGCUAGUCAGCACAGGCAAGAACUUCGGCUGCGGCAGCUCGCGCGAACACGCACCGUGGGCCCUCCUCGACUUCGGCAUCACAUGUAUCAUCGCGCCGUCGUUUGGCGACAUAUUCUUCAACAACACGUUCAAAAACGGCAUGCUCCCAUUGCGCCUCACGCCCGAACAGGGCCUCGAUGCCGUUGCUGCCGAGGCCCGCGCCGGCCGCGAGAUCGAGGUCGAUCUUCCCGGGCAGGUGAUCCGUGACGCCGACGGGAAGCAGAUCGCGACCUUCGAGGUGGAGGAGUUUAGGAAGCAUUGCCUGUUGAACGGGCUGGAUGAUAUCGGCUUGACGUUCCAGCAAGACGAUAAAAUCAAGGCGUUUGAGGGGAAGAGGAGCAGAGAAUAUCCAUGGCUAGACGGGAGCGGGUACUUGAGGAAGCACAGGCCUGGAGAGGCGGUGAAGGUCGAGGCCGUGCCAGUGCCGAAGACGAACAGGGGAGAGGUCAAGGGCGAGCCGUUGGAGUGGUAGAUUUAAUACGUUGUUCUGUUGAGCGGAUACUGUGUAUUGCGCCGGAAUGGCAGAAAAGGUAAGAAGAAGUGGGAGGUUAAUGAUUCGACAAGUCGAUUCUUUUGUUUUUUCAAACGGCCGACUCAUGGGAGCGGAAGGCAUACGUGCGUGGACGCUGGCGGUACGGCGUGGACACACGCUGGAAUAGGCAAUUUACGGUACAUAGGUCAUGCAAAUACUUGGUUGAUGAUUGUGCU